UCUUCGGGCUCCCCGGCAGGAGGAGAGCACGGCCGCAGCUCCUGGCGUCGCCUUUGCCAGGAGCGAGGCCAAGGGCGCGGGCGGUAUCUUCGGAGGCUCGGCGGCGAAUGCCGCGGCGGACAGCAUCUUCGGGUCCGCGGCCAAGGACGGCGGGAGCAUCUUCGCCUCGGCCGCGAAGGAGCCCGCGGGGAGCGGCGGAGGCGCCUCCCUGUUCUCGUUCGGCGCGACGCCAGCACCGGAGAAGCCCAAGGAGGCGGCCGGCCUGAGCCCCGCCGCCUCGGGGGCGGGGGCCGCGCCCACGCUGGGCGCCGCGCCGGGCGCCGCCAGCAUCUUCGGCUCGCCGAGCAGCGGCUCGGCCUCCGAGCCCGCCGCCGCCCCCGUCGCAGGUGCGGCGGCCACCGGCAGCAUCUUCGGCGCGGCCGCGGCGGCGACCAAGGACCCAGGCGGCGGCGCCGCAAGCCUCUUCGGCGCAGCCUCCGGCGGCGCGGCCGCCAGCAUCUUCGGCGGUGGCGCCCCGAGCUCGGGCGGCGCGGCCGCUGCGGCGGCCAGCAUCUUCGGCGGCGGGUCCGCCGCGGCCUCGGGCUCGGGCGGCGCAGCGGCCGGCGGCAUCUUCGGCGGCGCCGCGAAGCCGGCGGAGGGCAGCGGGGGCGGCAUCUUCGGCACAGGCGCCGCCAGCAUCUUCGGCGGCGGAGGCUCAUCGGCGUCGAGCUCAAGCAGCGGCGCCGGCAUCCUCGGAGGCAGCCUGUUCGGCACCAGCGCCCCGCAGGGCUCCAGCGGCAGUGCCAGCGCGGCGGGCGGCAUCUUCGGCUCUCCGGCGGCCACGCAGAGCUCUGGCGGCGCAGGCGGCAUCUUCGGCGCUCCGGCGGCCACGCAGAGCUCCUCUGGCGGCGCGGGCGGCAUCUUCGGGGCUGGCUCUGGGGGCGGCGGCGCGGGCAGCAUCUUCGGAGCGGGGCCCCCCUCUGCCGGCGGCAUCUUCGGCGCCGCCCCGGGGGCGAACGGGGCCCCGGCGGCCUCCAUCUUCGGCGCGGGCGCCGGCGCCGCGAGCUCGGGCGCGGCGCCGUUCGGCGCCGGCGCGGCGGGCUCAGGCGCGGCGCCCUUUGGCGGCGGCGCGGCGGGCGCGGCGGCCACCUCGGGCUCCUCGAUGUUCGUCUUCGGCGGGGGCGCGGCUGCGGCGCCGGCCGCGGCGCCGGGCAGCGGCGGCGGCAUUUUUGGCCAGCCUGUCGCCGGCGCGCCCGCGGCGGCGCCGCAGGGGUCCAUGUUCGCAUUCGGCCAGCCCGCGGCCGCGGCCGCGCCCGCCGCCGCGCCCUUCGGCGGCGGCGCGGCUGGCGCGGCAGCGUUCGGGCAGCCCGCCGCCGCGGCGCCCUUCGGGCAGGGCGCGGCCGGCGGCGCGGCCUUCGGCGGGGGCGCGGGCGCCUUCGGUGCCGCGCAGAGCGGCGGGGGCAUUUUCGGAGCCGCGCCCAGCACCGCCGCCAGCGGCGGAGCCGCCUUCGGAGGUGCGGCCGCCUUCGGUGGUGCGCCUGGCGCCGCCGUGUUCGGCGGUGCGCCCAGCGGCGCAGGCUUCGGCGCGGCGCCCGCGGCGUCGGGCUUCGGGGCUGCCCCGCAGCAGGCUGCCGCCAUGGGCGGGAACCUCUUCGCGCAGCAGGGGCAGAACCCGGCGACCGCCGGCCGCAGGAUCGUGCGAGCCAAGCGGAGGCCCAGACCAUAGUUUUGCCCGACGCGCCGGCACCGCGCAAACGCACGUCGUCGGGGCGAUCGAA